AUGACGACCGCAUCCUCACUGCUCACACCACGCGAACACGAAACCAACCUCAACGACCUCUCUAUCCACAAUACCGUCCAGAGCUCCGGCCCGGUGCUUUUAUUCGUCACCCCAAGAUGGGGCAUCAGCCGCAGCAUCUACGCAACCACGCAGCAACCCCUCGAGGAGCACUUCACCGUCAUCUACCUCUCGCCUCGAGGCUGCGACGAUUCCGAGCGCCCGGCCUCCGCCUCUCUUAUGCUCUCCCGACCGGUUGGAUGUAAUGGCCACUCCGACGGCGGCGUCCUUGCCCUCGCCUACGCCAUGUACUAUCCUUCGCGCCUUGGGCGGCUCGUCCCCCUCUGCACCAAUCUGCUCGGCCACCUGCGCAAAGACAUAUCCUCCCGCACCAAAUUCAGAGCCUUGUUCGAGGCCGCGAAUCCUCAGGACGGCGACGCGUUGACAGAGUUUAUGCUCACAGCGUUCCACUUGUACUUCUACAAGCCGGAGCCAUAUGUGCCCAAGCUGAAGGACGUGUGGACUGGCAAGCCGAGCCUCUGGGCGCAUAGGGCGCGCUAUGAGAGCGAAGGGGAGGACGGCUGGGUCAUGGAGAAGGAGCUGGGCAAGGUUGAAGCGAAGACGUUGGUGCUUACGGGCAAGCAGGAUGCAUGUUGUGGCCCGGAGUUGCCAUGGUUGGCAGCGAGAGAGGAGUACUUUGAUGUGUUGGUCAAGUUCUUGAAGGAGUAA